AUGCCGUCAGUUGAAGUGUUGGAAGAAAACAGUAAUACUGAUACUCAGGCAGUUAUUGGUAUUAUAUACCCUCCUCCUGAGGUCAGAAACAUUGUUGACAAAACUGCCAGUUUUGUCGCGAGAAAUGGACCAGAAUUUGAAGCUAGAAUUCGACAAAAUGAGCUGGGAAAUCCAAAGUUUAAUUUUCUUAAUUCCGGAGAUCCUUACAAUGCUUAUUAUCAGCAUAGAGUCAAAGAUAUUCGAGAAGGAAAAGGAGAUCAAUUUCAUCAAUCUUUUCAAAAAACUCAUAGUACAUCAGUUCACCAAAAGCAGCAAGAAAUAUUAAAACAAGUUGCAGAACAACCAUUUGUUCCUAAAGAUCCUCCUCCUGAAUUUGAAUUUUUAGCAGAUCCACCUUCUAUUUCUGCAUUAGAUUUGGAUAUUGUAAAAUUAACUGCUCAAUUUGUCGCAAGAAACGGAAGAACUUUUUUAACCAAUUUAAUGAACAGAGAACAAAGAAAUUUUCAGUUCGAUUUUUUAAGACCACAGCAUUCUUUGUUUGUCUAUUUCACAGUUUUAUUAAAACAAUACACCAAAGUUUUGCUUCCUCCAAAAGAUUUAAUGUCCAAACUGAAAGAAGAAAGUGAAUCGAUGAGUAAAAUAUUAGAACAAGUCAAAUAUAAGGCUGAAUGGAUAAAAUACCAGGAACAACAAAAGCAGAAAGAAGAGGAAGCUUUAGAAAAAGAAAGAGUUGCAUAUGCCCAAAUAGAUUGGCAUGACUUUGUUGUCGUUGAAACAGUAGAUUAUCAACCGCAUGAAACAGGAAAUUUUCCAGCUCCUACAACUCCAGAUGAAGUUGGAGCUAGAGUUUUAAUGCAGGAAAGAAUGGAGGAUGGAGAAGAAAAUGAAAUGCAAAUGGGAUCGGAACCUGAGGAAGAAUUAGACGAUAAUGAGGAUGAAGAUGAUAGGCAAGAUUUAGAUGAUCAAGAAGAUGAAACUGAAGAUUUGGCCAUAAUGGAAGAUUUGACUUUAGAAAAAGGAGCAAAAGAUGACAAUCAGGUUCAAGAUAUGGAAGAAGAUUCUUCAUCGGAAGAUGAAUCUGAUAAAAUUAAUAAAAUUACAAAUAGUCAAGCUACUUCUAAAGUAACAAAAGUUAUAGCCAUUUCAAAAGAUGGAAACAGUCAACCGUUACCUCUUCCACCUUCGUUAGAUAAAGUUGUAAUUAAAAAAGGAUAUGAUCCUAAACAAGCUUCGAAAAAACUGGCGAAUCUACCUCCGGAUGAAUACCUUAUUUCUCCAAUCAAUGGAGAAAGAAUUCCUGUAAGUAAAGUGCAGGAACACAUGAGGAUAGGUUUAUUAGAUCCACGUUGGGUAGAACAGCGUGACCGGCAGAUUCAAGAAAAAAUGAAUCAGGAAACCGUAUAUGCUCCAGGUGCUGCCAUCGAAGCUAGUUUAAAACAAUUAGCCGAACGUCGUACUGAUAUAUUUGGUGUCGGUGAUGAAGAAACAGCUAUCGGUAAGAAAAUUGGAGAGGAAGACAAAAAAAAAGAUGAUAAAGUUACUUGGGACGGACAUACUUCUAGCGUGGAAGCUGCAACAAGAGCGGCUCGAGCUAACAUUACUCUUGAAGAUCAGAUUCAUCAAAUUCAUAAAGUUAAAGGUUUAUUGCCUGAUGAAGAAAAAGAGAAAAUUGGACCAAAACCUGCUACAAAUCGAAGAGCUGGAGCAGGUCAAAUAACUUCACCCGAUGGCAAAAUAUCAAAACAAGUUGCUCCUCUUCCAAAACAAACACAAGGUGCAACUUUAAAAUCGGCACCUGUACCUCAAAAGCCACUUCCACCAAAGCCAAAUCCUGCUCCUCCUCCACAACAACCUCCCAUUGCGAUGACUCCUAUACCACCACCCCCUGGUAUGAUACCUCAGAAUCCUAUGAUGAUGAUGGCACCGAUCAGACAACCAAUCAUGGGUUUCCCUGUUCCUGGACCUCCUGGUUUAGCACCUCCGGGUAUGGCUCCUCCCGGACUGGCUCCACCAGGCUUAACUAUGCCGACUCCGACUUUCAUCGCACCUCCCGGAACGAUUCCAGAGCCACCGGGCCAGGCUAUGAAACACGUAGCAUCUUCAAUGAUGGAAGAAGAAGAAACUGUACCGGCGAAAAAGCAACGAACGGAAGAAACGUUACUUCCCGAAAGUGAAUUCCUUAACAAGUACAAGAACAAGCCAAUCGUGGUUAAAGUAUUGGUUCCCAUGACUCAAGAGAAACCCGAAUGGAAACUUAACGGUCAGUUAAUAUCAAUGAUUUUACCAUUGACGGAUUCGGUAGCCGUGGUAAAGUCAAAAGUUCACGAGGAAACGGGAAUGCCACCGGGAAAGCAAAAAAUACACCUCGAAGGUUUAUUUUUAAAAGAUUCAAAUUCUUUAGCUUAUUAUAAUAUAUUGCCGGGAACGAUACUCCAGUUACAAAUCAAGGAAAGAGGUGGUAGAAAAAAAUAA